AUGACAAAUCAGGAACAAUUGGAGAUCCCAAAAGUUUCCACCUGCAUCUCGUUGGAUUCGAAUCAAACCUUGCAGAUUGACAGUGGUCACCAGUCGAUGAAUUCGCUGAAUCCCCAAUAUGAUGACACUGGGGGCAAGAAGAGGUCGUUGGGGAAUGGUUGGAGCCACAAGUAAGUCGAGAAAAAUCUUAGCGAAAGUUUUGAAAAUUUAGUUCGCAAAGGGAAUACAGUUAAAGUUUGGAGCUUAGAUUUUGCGGAAUAUAAGACAAAAGUGGGAGUAAAAGUCCUCGACUGUAGGUGUAAAGAGAAUGUAGAAUGCGAUUGACCGAUUUAGCUGAUAUGUGCGACAUUUGUAAAAGUCUGGAGCUUCGAUUUUGAUAAUAGCUGGGACACGUUUUCUAAGACACAUGCGAGAUUUUUAGCUUGCGUUUUGCAGAAACCGCGGAGAUUUUUAGGCCGAAAUUUCUUGCACUUUCGGCCUAAAAAUCUCAGCAGUGAAAACUGCAAACUAAAAAAUCUCACAUGUCUUAGAAAAUGUGUCUCAACUAUCAUCAAAAUCGAAGCUCCAGACUUGAACAAAUGCCGCAAAUAUCAUCUGAAUUAGUCAAUCGCAUUCUACAUUGUCUUUACACCUACAGUCAAAGGCUUUUACUCCCACUUUUGUCUUACAUUCCGCAAAAUCUAGGCUCCAAACUUUAACUGUAUUCCCCUUGCAAACUAUAUUUUCAAAAGCUUUAACAAAUGUCACAAAUAUCGUCUGAAUCAGUCAAUCGCAUUCUACAUUCUCUUUACGCCUACAGUCAAAGGCUUUUACUCCCACUUUUGUCUUAUAUUCCCUCAUUUCCUUCCCCUUUCCCUUCGAUUAUACCACGUCCAGAACGCCCUUCCCGAUAUCCCCCAUCCCUCCACAAUUUGCCCUCUUAUGGUCAGCGUUGGGACAUUCGUGGGCUUUCUUUUGUCGCCCUCUCUCUACUUUUUGCACGUUUAUGUGUUCGCUUCGCUCUGUGCCUCUCUUAGAACGCGGUGAGAGUCACAAAAAACCCCCGGACCACAGGAAGACGGCCGGGCGUUCGCUUGCCCUCUUUUUUUUGCUCCAAUUUGAACUUUAAACUUUGCAAAAACUUUCUGAAUGAUCCGCCCGAAUGUUGCUAAUUUUAGCCGUCAACGUUUCUUGAUCCUUUUCCGAGAUUUCGUAGGCUAGGACGUGGAAAAAGGGCGUUUGCGGAAAAAUGCUAGAAAUUUUUUGUAAAGAGCGGGAAUUUUUGGGGAUUCAAAAAGUCCAUUGGCUUCUUUGGCCACCCUCUUCCGUUUCCAGUCGCCUUAUACAGAUUACGUUUCUCGAGGGCAAGAAAAUUCUAAGAAGUGAUGUAAAACCCCAGGAAAUUCGAUGAUUGAAGUCGCUAAGUGGUCUAAAUUUACCUGAUUUAAGCUACUGCGAGUGUAGUGACUAAUUAUAUCAUAAAUCAACUCUUUUCUCGACAUUUUUUACCCAAUUUUUACUUCAAUUGCACUCUUAACCCAGCUUUCCAUCGUAUUUUCUUUUGAAGACCGUCCCCAGAUGAGUAACGGCCUCAUUCUGCCCAACUGGUCAUUUGUAAACCGAAUUUUUUGCUUCUAAUUUUCCGAGCAAAUGUUCCAAGACCUUAUAAUUGACGGGCUUGAUAAAACCUCAUGGUUUCAAGCAAAUGGGCGGGGAAAAAAGGAUUUUCAUUUAUAGCCAGAGGCCUUUCAAACUGUAGGCUGCAUUUAUAAAUCGGAAAAGUCAAAGUUGCCUGGGGCGUAAGGGAAUUUUAUGGAUAAAAAACGUAAAUUAUAGGGAUAAAACGUAUAAUUUUCAAAAUUAAUUUGCAAUCGUGAACUUUCAAGUGACAUAACGUAAUGUAAGGUAAUUAUCUGGACUUUUAGUCUUCAAAUGACAUCCUUUACACAUAAUCCGAAUUGAAAUUUAGGGGAAAUUAAACGAAAUAUCAAGGUAUUUAGAUGAGGGUAAGGUAAUUUAAAUUACUUUUAAUAUCAAACUAAUUGGCUUGUUGGUCUGAAUGACGCAAUUGCUCGCUAUAAUUAAACCGCUUUUGUUAUGCAAAAUUGUGAAGGAUCCGCGAAAUGACAACGGUCCAGUGUAAUAUAGGAUAGCAAAAAAAGGAUAUUCAAGCGAAAUACUAGCUCAAUUGAGUCGAUAAACUUAUUCUUGUACGGCUAAAAUACUAUUUUCAAUUUUUAUUUGACAUAAUACACUGUAUUUACAACAAUACGUUUUUUAUCCCUAAAAAAUUACGUUUGCAUCCAUAAAUCCCGUAGGGUCUUAUAACCCGUCAAUUUCCAAUUUUGAAAUCUCUCCUAAGACUUGGCAGGCCUCCGGUUAUCAGUUAUCAUCCUUUUUUCUCCGCCCAUCUUCUUGAAACAAUGAGUUUUUAUCAAGCCCAUCAAUUAUAAGGUCCGCGAACUGAACUUUUGCUCGUAAAAAAUUGGCAGCAAAAGAUUUCAGUUUACAAAUGACCAGUUGAGAAGAGCAGACCAUCAUGGAGCAAUAUUUUACCCAUCACUUUACUUUUGCCAUCGAAAACUCCCGUUUUUCCUGUAAAACUUAAUUUUCGUCCGGUUUUUUGUCCACAAACUCGCAUUUGGCCGCAGGAAAUACAAAUUCCGGCUCAAAAGUACGUAGGAAAGCCAGAAUAAAGAAAAGGGAACGCCCGCGACCCGCUCUUCACCGCAAAAAAGUACUUUCUCCACGAUUUUUUGUCAAAUUUCGUAGGCAUUUUUCCCACAAAAAUUCCCGCUUUUUUCGUCCGGGUUUUCUCGCGAUUUUCGGAAUUUCGCGCGCUUUCGCGAUUUUUUCGCACCUUAUUUUAGCUUCAAAAUGUCGGCCAUGGCUUCCUUGACCUUUUCUACGUCUGUUCCCGGCUUUAACUUUGAAUAUCCCCCUUUUGUCGGGUCAUUUUCCCCCAAUCCAGCAGAUUAUCCGCAAGAAUAAUGUCGGAAACGCGCUACGACUGGUGGUAUUCACGUUCUCCGGCCGCGAAAUCCGUAUUAGUUUGUGCUUAAAAUAAUUUGGAUUAAUUACGGUGUGAUGGGGGAUCUUUUUUUGGGGAAUGCGAUUUGAAUGUCAUGUGUAAUAUCGGAGGAAGCAUUUUUGGCCCUCAUUAUAGGAAGAGGCAAUGUGAUUAGGGCUUUUGAGGCGAUUUAUGGCGCUAGAUUAGGUGUAUUUUAGUUUUUUCCUCCAUUUAUAGCCGAAUUUUGCGAUAUUGUUUUAGUCAAUGUAUGUCGAGAGAUACUCGAAAAAAUUCAGCGAUUUUAUUAUAAAUUGUUGGCUGAGCUUAUGCAGGAACGCCUCCAUCCUCUUUUAGUCUUUGUUCCACACCCCUUCUUCUCAAGAAACCCUGUACUUUAUCUUUAUUUUCUUCGACUAUAAAACCUAAUCAUGUACAAUAUAAAUGUCUUCGCAAAUUACGUUUUUUGUCCCAAAAUUGAUUUGACGCAUUUAAGGUGUCUAAUAGGAUUAAUCCGUUGUAAGAAUUACCGGAUUUCGUCCGAAUUUCCGGAUGUUCUCCAUGCUCGUGGGGUUCGGAUUAGAAGCGGCGGAUUUACGGGGAGUGGCCAUGCUGAUGGGGGCUUAAACGCUAAUUAAAUGUAAUUUUUGGCCCUACCUUAAAUUGCGAAUUAAAAUUUGUGCGUCUAGCUCUCGCUAUCUCCUUGUAGAAUCUCAUUUUUGGUGUUGAUUAUGGCCUCGGAAGAUUUGUGAGUUUCUAAUCGGAUUCGAGUCUGAAAUGGGAUGUAAAUGAUUUUUAUAGAUAGUAAAAGCUGUAGUUAUGCUUCUAAUUUCAGCUCAACGUUACUGACGGAUCCGUCGUCCUCUCAAUUCGACGAACUCCUAGAUCCGAGCGCAACACAUUCGCCGCCGCGUAUUCGACGUCAAAGCCGACCCUGUCCCGAAUCCUCGAGCCUGAACUGCGUCCCGGAGCCAGUAAGUUUGUUUUGAACUUUGUUUUUUCCGUUUUUAGGACAGACUAUCGAUAUUUUCAUUAAAUUUGGCUCUGUGGUCAUGUGUAAUAUGAUUUGCUCUACUAUUUCGAUUUUUACUCCCGAAUUCUUGCAGCACCCGACCUCCAAGCGCAGUUCAGAGCCGUUGGGCUCAUCAUCGUCGUCGGGUGUGGCCACGCUGUCCAACUCGCAGGAUCUGGGAUCCGACAAUUCGAUGGACGACAGACCAGAUCGCUCGUUGCAGCCAGAUGAGCCUGAAAGAGGUCCUUUGAGGGAGAUUGACGAGCCAGUAGCAGGUCCGUCAACGGAGAUUGACGAGCCGGUAGCAGGUCCCUCGAGGGAGAUUGAUGAGCCAGUAGCAGGUCCCUCAAGGGAGGUCGAAGAGCCUGUAGCAGGACCUUCGAGGAAGAUAGAUGAGCCACCAAAAAUAAAUUUCUUGGAUCAUAAUGAACAACCGACAUCAGCUUCUUUUAUACAGAAAGACGUGACGAUUCCAGCCAGAGUGGCCGUGGCCCACCAAGUCUUCGACGAUAUAAACCCGUCUCCGCGGCCGGAGGCGCCUAUGAUAAACUUGUAUGAUCUUGCAAAUGAUGGUAAGCGAAAUUUUUAUUUUUGCAUUUCCGUUUUUAGAAAACAUGGAGCUGGACAAAGAGUUUCUCGAAUGGUAUUGCCGCCCGAUCAAGAACGACGUAUACGAAUUGCCGAUGUAUUUUGUGACGCCGUCUCGUCCCAUCCUGCCAUUGACCCGCGCCGUCUCUGGCGGAUGUAAAAACGCGUUCAUCAGUUUGGCAAAUCCCUUCCGAAAGAUUGUCUCGCAACGUCGCCGAAGGUUCGUCAAGUACGGAUUCAACUUGGAUUUGACUUGUAGGUUGGAUUUUUUUUGGAUUUUUUAUUGUUUUAGAAUGACGUAAUGUGAUGGUAACAGAUGAUGUAAUUUUUACUUCAUUUUUUGAUACGAAUUGUUUGUUUUCAGAUAUCACGGACCGAGUAAUUGCUAUGGGGUACCCAGCGGACGACGUUGAAGCUUUGUAUAGAAACGCCAUGAACUCAACGAAACGGUUUUUGGCCAAGUUUCACAAGGACAAGUUUUGGAUCUUCAAUCUGUAAGUUGCAUAAGAAAUUGGGGUUCUUUUGGUAAAUUGUGGGAAUUUAUUAGUUGGUUUUGGGUUUGGAAUUAUUAUAAAGGCGUAUCGGGAUUAAUUUUUUGUUUGAUUUAUAUUAUACUUGGUCAAAUUAUUUUUUUUUUUUUUUUUUUUGAAAUUGGCGGUUUUUGGGCCUUGUAAUUUGUUUUUAAAACCACUGUAAUGUUUUAUAACAUCUCUAUUUUCAGACGCGGCCGAUAUUCGUACGACCCCGGCCACUUCGGACGGUGUGUGACCUCCUUUGAAAUGGAGGAUCAUCAUCCACCGCGCCUCGAAUUCAUGGCCCCGUUUUGCCGUCAAACCCAACUCUGGCUCGAACAAGAUCCCCGACACGUGAUUGCGGUUCAUUGCAAGGCCGGCAAAGGCCGGACCGGAGUCAUGAUCUGCGCCUACCUCGUCCACAUCAACUUCUUUCCCAACCCACGCCAGGUCCUCGAUUACUACUCGAUUGUGCGAACAAUCAACAACCAAGGAGUCACCAUUCCCUCCCAACGCCGCUACAUCUACUAUUAUGAGCAUCUGCGCCGAAAGAAGCUGAAUUAUCUCCCAUUGCGGUGCGAAUUGGUCGGCAUCUUCUUGGAGGGCAUCCCAGAACACAAGGACCCCUAUUACAUCAAAGUCAGGGUGACCAAUGGAGAUGUGGUGGUGUUUGAAAGCUUGAUUAUUGAAAUCAAAAGAGAACACAUCGAGACGCAGAAGAAACACGAGGUUUUGACCUUGAAGUACCCAUAUCAUCCGUUGACGAGGGUUCAGCCUGAAAAACAGUUGAUUAGCCAGUAAGUCGGGAUUUUUUUCUUGAGGAAUCUGGGAUUUGAGGGCGUAGAGGAGUUUAGUGGAAGAAUAAAUAGAUCAGGGAGUGUGGAAAGGUUUAAAAGAGAAAAUUUUGACGGGUUGGGAGAAAAAAAUUUUUUUUUGGAGAAAAAGUGGGAAAUUUUUUGUGGUUUUUUGGACUGGAGGGAGAAGUCUUCUGUCCUAUUGAUGCUCUAAAAGGGUAUUCUUUGAUUGUGUUUUAGUGUUGGUUGGAGAAAUUCUCGGCAUUUCUUCUUUUUUUGAGAUUACAGCGGACCUGAUCUAGUGGCAAAAAACGUACCAUUUUGCAUCCGGGAAGUAUCAAAAAAUAUAGCAAAGUACCUCCCUCUUCGAGUGAAAAAACUCUGAUUUCAAAAGCGCACCCGCUCCUUUUUGAGGGACUUUUCAAAACGGAGUUUUUUCACUUGGAAAGGGAGGUAUUUUGCCACAUUUUUUGAUACUUCCUGGGUGCAAAAUGGUACGCUUUUUGCCACUGGAUCAGUUCUGCCACUGCAGACAUUUGAAUUUCCAAAUUUUUAGCAUGGCGUUUGGCUGGACGACCGGAGCAGACGGCUCGUCGGUGUUUUUGGAAGGCGACAUUCAAGUGGAACUGAUCUACUCGAACGCCGAAGACUUUGCAAAACAGCGUGCCCUCAACUCGUCGCCCUCAAAAAAGAAGAAAACGGAUUUGUACCACGACUUUGUCAAAAAGCCCCCUACAUUUGGUCAUGUUUGGUUCAACACGAUGUUCACGUGUCCCGGAUACUGCGAAGGGCAUUUUGAACAAUCGGAUGAGUCGAGAGUACCAUUGAGGCCGUCGGGUAAGAAUUUUUUUAGGAUUUUUAAAUUUUAUUUUGCUUUAGCGUUCAAACAAGUCAAUUAUAUCCGCCGCGCUCAAAAGAACGACCAACAUUGCCUGCAAAACGAUGAUAGAGCAAAGAGACACAACGAAGAGGAGUUGAAGUACAUCCGCGAUGACUUUAGAGAAGGAUGUCAGGCCAUCCGAAUGGACGGCGUCCCGAAACAUGACUUCCCAGUGGAGGAUUUACAUCAUCUACAGUUUGUUGACACCGAAGCGAAGAAACCGGUGUUCUCUGAAGUUAUCGACCAAAAAUUAUUGGUAAGGAUGUUUGAGGAUUUUUUUGGGAUUUUGAGGGGACAUUUUAUACGAAGGAUUUUGGGAUUUUUUUGAUUUUGGGAAAUUUUUUGAAAUUUAUCCGGGCCACAUGUUAUCGUGGUGUUGGAGAGGUUAGAAGAAAAAAAUUUUGAUCUAUACCACCAUUUGAAUCCAAAAAAAAAAUUAUUUUUUCCGAAUUUUUGGUUUUUAAUGUCCUUUAUAUUCGAUUAAUUUUUUUUUUUAAUUUUAGGCUACUUGCGUCAAACCAGCGAACGGCCAAGAUGCUCUGUACAACAGUGCAGUGAACGGGAUCUACGAAGACGCCGAAUCACACAAUUUGAUCGAACCGACUGAAGAAGGAUAUCAACAACACUUGUAUCGGAACAAAGUCCUGUACAAAGUGAAGGAAGAAGACGGACAAUUGGAUCUCGUUCCACGCAGGAUAAAGGAGAUUUUGCCGGACGACCAAAGGGAGCUGAAGAUUUCGAAGAGUCAGGACGAGCUUCAAACCAUGGCCCAUAACAUUCCCAGAGUCCGUGUCGCGGUCAACGAACCCCCUCGAUUGGAGGAACAUUGUCCGAGGGUAACACUGCCACUUUUAUACCCAAGACGUCCCCCGCCCCGCGAAGAAAUCAGCGAUAUGAUGCGGGUCGCCUUCCACAAUGGUCUGGUCGAAAAAUUCUACGAACCCAGGACCCUGGCUCCGCCCCCGAAAACCGAACAACAAAUCCCGCGGAGCACGAAACAGGCCAGAGGCACCGAAGGCCCCAUCAACCUCUACGCCCAAGUGGGCGAGCAUUAUCAAACCUUUGGCCGCUACGAAAUCGACGGCGCCCACAAAACCGCGAAUCCGGAGAUUACGGACAAACUCCGCCUGUUUGUGGUCACGAAAUGCAUCACCAGCGGAAAAGACAUGGCCAAAGCACAGGACUUUGUGAAAUUGACCCGAAAACGCCAAGAACGCAUCGAUUUCAUCGCCGAAACCAAGAGGAAAUUGAAUCAAAUUGACUUGAAAAUGCGGCAAUGCAAAGAGAUUUGCAAGUCCCAUACGGGUGUUGUAAAAAAGGUUGAAGGCCGGGAAGUGAAACACGCGUUUAAAACGAACCUCACCGAUACAAUUAUUAGGGUAAGGGGUGAGAAAAAAAAGAAAGAAAAAAGUUCGUCCAAGAUUUACGCAAGAUGUAUAGGUUGCGUUUUGCAUUAGCAAAAAAGAUUUUGACGUUGAAAUUUAACAAAAUUUUGACUCAUUUUUGUGAGUUGCGGUGUUGUAGAUUGGAAUUUUGUUUUUUUGUGGGGUGUGCAAUAUCGUUACGAAUGAUCAGUUUUUCCAUGCAUGAGUUGCAGAGAUUUAGCUGAAAAAACAUUUUUCUCUCUACCCAAACUUCUUGAUUUUAUGGCUUUUUCGUCGAAGAUCGAAGAGCAUCCCUACUGUGCUUUGCUGAGACACUCAAGAUACAGUGUGGGACCUGAUACAAUGGCAAAAAACGUACCAUUUUGCAUCCGGGAAGCCUAAAAAAUGUGGCAAAAUGCUUCCCUCUCCACGUGAAAAGACUCCGACUUCAAAACCAUGCCCGCUGUUUUUGUAAGGGAAAGGGCUUCAAAACGAAGUUUUUUCAUUUGGAGAGGGAAGCAUUUUACCAAAUUUUUGAUACUUCCCUGAUGCAAAAUUUUUUUGCCAUUGGAUCAGGUCCGCCACUGUAUCUUGAGUGUCUCAGCAAAGCACAGUAGGGCUAUUCUUCUUCGAUGUUUCUCCACGAAAAACUCAUAGAAUCAGGAAGUUUGGGCAGCGAGAAAAAUGUUUUUUCGGCUACAUCUUUGCAGCUCACGCAUAGAAAAAACUGAUUAUUCGUAACGAUAUUGCACACCCCACACUAAACAGAAUUCCAAUCGACAACACCGCAACUCACAAAACCGUGUUAAAAUUUUGUUAAGUUUUGACAUCAAAAAGAGACGUCGUUAAAUUUCGACGACUUCUUUGGGGAUUCCUAAUAAUGGAUGUCGAUUUCAGCUGCCCUUGGAAGAGGAUCUAACCGUGGAACAAGUCCUCGCCACAGAACAUGUUCCCAUGUUUCGAGAGAUCUUUCUGAAGAAGAUGCUGGACUUGAAAGCGGAAACCCAGAAAGAACUUGACGAUUUGGAGGCGUUGGAGGCCACAAAAAGCAUCAACAUCCGCCUCCAUCCCACACUCAACGGCGGCAAGGAUUUGCCCGGCGACAGAUGGGACAAACCCUCGGAUCUGUUCAACUUUCAAACAACCAAAGUUGUGGCGGCCAAGGAUAUGCGAAACGAAGACGAGGCAAUGACGGCAAAAUUCAAUAAGAACCCCAAAAUGGAUCCGCGAUACGAGUCGAAGUACUAUCGGAAGUUCUUUUACAGACAACGGCAGAACUCCCCGACAAGAUAUCCGAAUUUUCAUCAUCAGUAAGUCGACAGGUUUUGGAUUUUUUUUUGUGUUGUCUGGAAAUUUUUUAUCGUAUAAAAUGUCACUAGGGAGUAAAAUGAUCGUUUUCAUUGAUUUUUGAUCGAUAUUUUUGAAGAAAUUUUCUUGGUCGGAUAAUUGGAAAAAAAAAUUUUUUUCAGCUGCCCCAUGGACCAAAUGGAUCGACAAAUCUGCGCCUACUACCGAUGCCCGUUGGAAGAGCUCGAAUUUCCGAUUGAUGAACAUGGAAACCUGAUCCGAGCGGAGCCGGAGUUUGUGGGCAAUCAGGAAGACCAGGAGAAAGAGAACGUCACUCCGUUCCAACCCUUCCAAUUUGACGGUGUUAAUCGCCUAGAUCCGAUCCCACAACCCGACCUAAGCCUGCUAAAUGAAAAGGAGUUGAAGAAGUAUUUCCCACCAUACAAUGAACGACCCAUACCGGCGGAGACACAGCCAGAAGAGUCAGUUUUAGUUGAGAAUCUGCCGGCCGAAGCGCAACCAAUUCAGACAUCAUCAGCUUGCGAAGAAAGCCAGUCGGAACCAGCGGAUCCGCCAAAGAAAUGGUUCUGGAGACGGAAGAAGAAGGAAGAGCAAAGCCAAGAACAUCCCAGAACAUCAUGGACUCCAAUGAUGUCUCUGGAGGAGGAGAAGCAACUGCAAAGCAUUGUGGAUGUGAUCAAGGACGAUCGGACAAGAGUUGAAGAGCUGACGUUGUUGAGAAAUAAAGGAGUAAAAGAAGUAGGUUUUUUUUGGUUUUUUGAAGAUUUUUUUUGCUUUUUGGUAGUGUUUUUGGGCGUUUUGUGAAGUGAAAAUGAAGUUUGGAAGGCUGUGGAGGUUCGGUUAUGCUUUUGGAACGAUUUUUUUGUUUUUUGAAGAAAAAAUUUUAAUUUUGAGAUUUUUUGAUUUUUUGCAAAAUUUUUUUUGAGUGGUUUUUGUCUUGUAAUGGUGUUUUUUGACCUUUUUCAUAGUGUAUGUGAAAAUUUGAGGGCCCUAUAAAAACUGUGGGGCCUGUAAAUACUGUAAUUUCGAAGGAAAAUUUUAGUAUGGGAGUUUGAAGUUUCCUCAAAAUUUUUCUUGGAAAAGCUUAAGUUUUUAGUUAGUUUGUUGUAAAAAGGCUUGGUUGUGAUGAAUUUUCACUGUUCUUUUUGUGUUUUCUGCUUUUGUCAACCUUGGCGGAAUUGAUCCAGUGGCAAAGAACGAACCAUUUUGCAUCCGGGAAGUAUCAAAAAUGCGGCAAAACGUCUCCCUCUCCAAGUGAAAAUACUCUGAUUUUUAAAGCGCGCUCUCUCUCUUUUUGUGGGAGAAGGCUUUUCAAAACGGAGUUUUUAGUUGAAGAAGGAGAUUUUUUGCCUCAUUUUUUGAUACUUCCCGGAUGCAAAAUGGUACGUUUUUUGCCACUGGAUCAGGUCCGCCACUACCUGUUUCUGCUGUCUUUUUCCCCUUGUUUUCCCUUUAUUUUGAACGUUUUUUGGUGGUGAAACGGUCUCCCAUCUGUCGCUUUUCCCGUUUUGGCUAUUGUUUAUCGCUAAAUGUUGUGUUUUUUCUUUACAAAUCUAAAUUUGUUUUUUCAAAAAAAUUUUUUUUUGCUUGGGUUUUCAAAAAAAAUUUUUUUGGUUUGGAUUUCCGAAAAAAAAAAUUUUUUUUUGCUCUGAAUUUGAAGUCUUACUCAAAAUUUUGCACCAAAUUUUGCACCGGGUUUGCGCACAGAGAAGAGACUUGUGAUUCACGGCCAAUCAACGCUUCAGACAAUGCCCAACAAUGUGUGUGCUGACUUCAGACCGGCUCCGGAAACGUCACACCCGUCACGCUGACGCCCGAAACCUCCCAGGCCAGCGGCAAAGAGCCGAGAGAUUUUCAAGCUGACAUCGAGAGACGUCGACAACUCCCGUUCAACGAGAAGAAAUUCGAAGCCAACAUCGGGAAGACUCCGACCGAGCCCUGCGAACGCCUGUGCCAAUGCCUUUGCCGGGAGAAGAAGUGCAGCCUGGACUGCUUUUGCCAUGACUUGUAUCAAAUACAGAAGAGGCAGUUUGAUUAUGAGAAGGAGGAGGAGAGGGAUGUGGUCAUGCCAAUCAAGCGUCAAGCUGCUCCGCAGUUAAGGAAAUACAUUCCAUAA